GGUUGUCAAAUGCUACCUUAAUAUGGCAUUGCAAGAUAUUCAGGACACAGAACAAACUCCUGAAGAGCAUACUAGGAAGGUCGUACAGGGACACACCCUUGCUUUUAACUUUGCAAGACAAUUGAGAGAAAGAGUGAUACAAGAGCAAGUUGAUGGAGAAUAUGGACAGGUAUUGGAGUACAGGAAAAUAUUCAUGGGUAAGACAGACAUUGAUGAGUUUCUCACAGUGGAAGAGUAUACUGAGGGGGACUUUGUCAAAUACAUUAGCAACAAUGAUCAAUUAUGUGGAAAAGAUAGCGAAAUAAGCAACAAGGCAGAAGCUAACCACAAGAAAUCAAAGGGAAAGCUGAUGUUGUUAGAUAUACAAGGCUCUGGUCAUACGUUUUAUGACCCUGAAAUUGCCUCAAGGCAGAUUAUGGAUGAACAUGGUAAAGUACAGUUUUGUACUGGAAAUCUUUCAAUAGCCGCUAUUGAUAACUUUUUUUUCAAAUCAUAG